AUGUUCGCAUUGCGCAACCGCGCUGCGUUGGCCUCGAGUCGUUUAAAGACCAGCACAAACCGUUCCAACGUUUUUCGUGGCCUCGCCACUGUCGCGCCUGCGAGCACCUCAUUCAGGAACCAUAAAGUUGUUGUUGUUGGUAGUGGCUCAGCUGGGAUCGCACUAAGUCAUCAGCUUCUCCACAAGGGGAAAUUUAAGAAAGAUGACAUUGCAGUCAUCGACCCAGCAACAUUGCAUCAUUAUCAGCCAGGUUGGACGCUUGUGGGAGGCGGAUUGAAAACCAAAGAUGACUUCCAAAGGCCGCUACGUGAGCUCAUCGAACCCAAACUCGCAUUUUACAACAAGAAUGUUGCGGCCAUUAAUCCAAAGGAGAAUUACGUGUCGCUUGCGGAUGGUGAAAGGAUAAACUACGAGCAACUCGUUGUUGCACCCGGCAUCAAGAUCGACUACGGCAGCGUUAAGGGUCUUGCCGAAUCCAUGGCUGAUCCAGACAGCCUCGUAGCAUCCAUCUAUAGCUACGACUAUUGCGACAAAGCCUUCCGAAACAUUCAACGAACGAAAAAAGGCGCAGCAAUAUUUACUCAACCAGCUGGUGUUGUUAAAUGUGCGGGCGCACCUCAAAAGAUCAUGUGGCUUGCACUGGACUACUGGAAGCGGGCGGGCCUGUAUGACUAUGGGCCUGGUCAAUCACCAAUCAAGGUUACUUUCGCAACCGGCUUGCCCACGAUGUUCGGCGUGCCAAAAUACAGCGUCAAGCUCAACGAGUUACGAGAAAAGAAAAGGGUCGAAGGAUUGUUCGAGCACAACCUUGUUUCGAUAGACGGAAACACUGCUACUUUUGACCGUCCCGGUGGGAAAGAGCAGGUACAGCGACAGUUCGACUUCCUUCAUGUUGCGCCUCGAAACGUGCCACAUGCCUUCGUGAAAGAGAGCGGUCUCAGCAACGAAGCAGGCUAUGUAGACGUUGACCAGCAUUCUUUACGUCACAAGACAUACAAGAAUGUGUGGUCUAUGGGCGAUGCGUCGGGUCUACCUACGUCGAAAACAGUGGCUGCAAUAACGUCACAGGCACCUAUUCUCACUAAGAACAUCUUACUUAGCAUGGCGGGAAAAGAGCCUUCGUCAGAUUAUGACGGCUACACGUCGUGUCCGCUGCUAACAGGUGAUAAGCAAGUGCUUCUGGCAGAAUUCAAGUACGGCGGUGUUCCAAAGGAAACAUUUAACGAAUGGUUUGGUAUCGAUCAGGCAGUUCCGCGUCGCGCGUUCUAUCACCUGAAGAAGGACUUCUUCCCCUGGGUAUACGACCGUUUCCAUGUGACUGGUCACUGGGGCGGACCGAAAGGCUGGAUCAGAUAG